CCCACACCCCUCCCGCCUCCUCCGCUAUGGACUCUCCCGUCUCUUGUCGGGCUCCAAGUAGUAGUCCGUUUUCGGGGUGACCACAGAAGUGAGGGGGGUCUCCGGGCAGCGGCGGGGGGCUCAUGCCGGGGGGCUCAGCAUGCAGUGUCUCGGCAGAAGACCGUCCCGGACCAAGUCCCAGGAGCGGAUCCUUGAGGAGACGAGCCGGAGAGUGACCCACGUCAACAGCGCCCGGCUGGGUUUACAAGAUGACGAGGAUCUAAAGUUUCUUCUGAAUGGAACUUCACUGUCUAAAGUUAAAUCUGCAUCAUGGAAAAGGUCACGAUUUUACAAGCUCCAGGAGGACUGCAAAACUGUAUGGCAUGAGUCAAAGAAGAUCUUGAAGUCCUCAGAUUCACAAGUGUUCAGCAUUGAUGACGUUGAAGAUGUGCGUCUUGGCCAUGAGACUGAAGGGAUGAAGAGGUUUGCCAGUCAUGUCCCAAGCGAGCGGUGUUUCUCCAUUAUCUUUAAGGGCCAACGGAAGAACCUAGACUUAAUCGCUAACACUAAUGAAGAAGCUGCUCGCUGGACUGGAGGAUUAAAUAAAAUCAUUAAGAACUCUCGGGCCAUGAGCCAAAAGCAGAAGCUACAACACUGGAUCCACACAUGUCUACGGAAAGCUGAUAAAAACAAGGACAACAAAAUGAGCUUUAAAGAGCUUAAGAGAUUCCUGCAAGAAGUGAAUGUUGAAACUGAUGAUAACUAUGCAAAACAGAUAUUCCAGCAAUGUGACAGAUCAAAGACAGGCUCACUAGAGGAUGACGAAAUAGAAGAGUUUUACAAAUUCCUGACAACACGAGGAGAGAUAAAUACGAUAUUUUCUGCAUAUAAGGACAGUGAAAAUUUUAUGUCUGCCAGUAACUUCCAAAAGUUCCUCCGGGAUGAACAGCAAGAAAAUGUGACCUCAGACCACGUAAAGUCAUUGAUAGCAAAGUAUGAACCAAGUGAAGAAGGUAAAGAACAGCAGUCUAUGACUAAGGAUGGCUUCCUUAUCUAUCUGUUGUCUGAUGAUGGCAACGUAUUCAAUCCGGCUCACAAUAAAGUUUACCAGGAUAUGAAGCAGCCCCUGUGUCACUACUACAUCUCCUCCUCACACAACACCUACCUGUUGGAAGACCAACUGAAGGGUCCGAGCAGCACUGAAGCUUAUAUACGGGCUCUUACUAAAGGCUGCCGUUGUGUGGAAUUGGAUUGCUGGGAUGGAUCUAAUGGAGAACCAGUCAUUUAUCAUGGCUACACACUUACUUCCAAAAUCCUCUUCAAAGAUGUCAUAAAAACUAUAAAAAACUAUGCAUUUAAAACGUCUCCUUACCCUGUGAUCAUUUCUUUGGAAAAUCACUGCAGCCUGGAUCAGCAGAAAACGAUGGCCAAACACAUGAAGGACAUACUUGGGGAUAUGCUUCUCAUUUUGCCAGUUGAAGGAAAAAUAAAGGAUUUCCCAUCUCCAGAGCAACUAAAAGGGAAAAUAUUAGUAAAAGGAAAAAAGCUUAACUCAUUGGAAGACAGCAUAAAGGAAACCGAGAACAGCAUUGCCGAGGCUGACGAUGUGUCUGAUGAGGAUGAAGCUGCAGAAAUGGAGGAUGAGGCUGUCAAGUCUAAUGUCCAUGCCAAGAAAGGCACGGGUGCAAAGCUGAAACUUGCCAAGGAACUGUCUGAUACAGUGAUAUACUGUAAGAGCGUGCACUUCCGUGGCUUUGAAUUCGCAGCAGAGCAUCAGUCAUUCUAUGAGAUGUCCUCCCUGACUGAGAGCAAGGCUCUGAAGCUGGCCAACGACUCGGGAAACGGUUUUAUUCGCCAUAACUCCAGGCAGCUGACCAGAAUUUAUCCUGACGGCAUGAGAACAGACUCCUCCAACUACAGCGCUGUAGACAUGUGGAAUGUGGGAUGUCAGAUAGUGGCUUUGAAUUUCCAGACCCCAUGUACAGAGAUGGAUGUCUAUCAAGGCAAAUUCCAUGACAAUGGCUUUUGUGGCUAUGUUCUUAAACCAUCAUUCCUCCAAUAUCGGCAGUCUAACUUUAAUCCAAAGUCCAUUAAGGAUGGAGAGUGGUGGACUCCAAAGCAUCUCCAAAUCAUGAUAAUUUCUGGACAGCAGCUGCCAAAACUGAGCAAGAAGAAGAGCUCAAUAGUGGACCCCUUUGUGUCUGUGGAGAUCUUUGGAGUAGCACGGGACAGAGAGAAGAAGCUCACAAAGGUUGUUGAGAACAAUGGGUUUAACCCCACGUGGAAUGAACAUUUUCAGUUUGAAAUCGAUGUUCCAGCCCUUACCUUGGUGAGAUUUCUGGUGGAGGAUUAUGACGCUUCAUCACGGAAUGACUUUGUGGGACAAUACACAAUUCCUCUGUCCAGUUUACAGCUAGGUUAUCGGCACAUACACCUUUUGGAUAGGAACGGAAAUCUGCUUCCCUCUGCCAGUUUGUUUGUGCACGUCAUGCUCCAAGAAAGCAAAGGCUGAAAUGUUUACAAUGUUUUAUAGUUUUAUUCUUUUUUUAAGAACUUUUUUAGUUGCCAUUUUUUAGGUCAGAGAUGGUUUUCAUAGGUUUCCUGAUCAGAUGUUAGGAUGUUCUCUGACCCUCACCAAAAAUGUUAUGAUUAUUUUAAUUCAGUUUUAUGUUUUUAAACUCAUUCAGAGUUUUUAGAUUUUUUUUUAGGAUGUCUGCUAUAUUUCCUAAUGGAUAUAUGCCGUAAUGUGGUUCAACCUCUUUUGCAUGUGAAUUGAAAGGGAGCCCAAACUAGCACUGUUGUGCCUUCCUCUAAGUGGUUUUCCCACUAUAGACAUAAAUGGCUUAUUGAAUGGAUAUGCCAUAAAUGCCUGAGACGAGGCUGUACGUGAACACAGACGUUCUUCGAUUUUAAUAUGUGGAUUUUUCAGGAUCAGUUGUUCAUACUCAGUCAAUAAGCCAUUUUUUUGUUGUUGUGGAAAACACCUUUACUCCCCUCAUGUGUAGUGCAAAUGCAAAAAGUAUUCACCACUUUGAUUGCAUUCUGUAACUUUGUAUUGGCAAUCACAUUUUCUAAAUUCUUGUAGAAUACAAGUUGUGGUUACUCAUAUAUGACCCAUAAGUACCGUAUAGUGACAAUUCCUAUAGCUCAGGUAUCCUGAUAAACUCAGGUAGUCUGAAAGCCUUAGAAUAGCACUACUAAAUGUGACAGGAGAAACCUGUAGUCUUACGGGCCUUAUUUUUUUAUGUGGACGUCUGACCUCCCCUAACACGGGGCACUAUACCAGCACUGAUCUGGAUGGUAGUCUAUAAAUUCUUAUAUCACCAAUAUAAUAUGCUGGAAUGCAGCCACAUUAUGGAUGACCAGACUUGUCUACUUUGUCAUAGAAACUCUUUACAUGAUUCUUUAACCCCAUUCACACAGUGGACCUUAUUGGUGGCUGAAGGCUUGGCGUGACAGUAAAUUCAUAAUUACAAUGCGAGUUUGUAUACAAAUUACCAUAAUUUACACUAUUUGUUAUUUUGACUAUGUAUCUAUAUAGGGUUUAGAGCCUGCCUAUGUGCUAAAGGAAACCUGUCAUGUUGAACAUGGUGUCUGAGCUAGAGGCAGUAUGUUAUAGGGCAGGAGAAGCUGACCAGAUGGAUAUAUAAGUUUGUGGGGAAAGAUUCAGUAUGUCUUGUAUUUCAUUAACUUAAAGGGGUUGUCUCACUUCAGCAAAUAGCAUUUAUUAUGUAAAGAAAGUUGGUGCAAGGCACUUACUAAUGUAUUGUUAUUAUCCA